CUGAUAGCUCAGGCCGCGGCGCGCAGACACCGGGCCCGGCUCCCGAGGGCGCCAGCGCGGCCCCGGGAAGCGCGAGGAGCCGGAGAGCGCGCGGCCUGCCGUUGGCGGCCUAAUCCGCCGCGCUCAGCACCCACCCGGCCCGAAGUGGAGGCCCUGGUCCCCGGGAAGAUGGUGUCCUGGAUGAUCUCCAGAGCCGUGGUGCUGGUGUUUGGAAUGCUUUAUCCUGCAUAUUAUUCAUAUAAAGCAGUGAAAACAAAAAACGUGAAGGAGUAUGUUCGCUGGAUGAUGUACUGGAUUGUUUUUGCGCUCUACACUGUGAUUGAAACGGUGGCUGAUCAAACAGUCGCUUGGUUUCCCUUGUACUAUGAGCUGAAGAUCGCCUUUGUCAUAUGGCUGCUCUCUCCCUAUACCAAAGGAGCAAGUUUAAUAUAUAGAAAAUUCCUUCAUCCACUUCUUUCUUCAAAGGAAAGGGAAAUUGAUGAUUAUAUCGUGCAGGCAAAGGAGCGAGGCUAUGAGACCAUGGUGAACUUCGGACGGCAAGGUUUAAACUUGGCAGCUACUGCUGCUGUCACUGCUGCAGUGAAGAGCCAAGGAGCAAUAACAGAGCGUUUGCGCAGUUUUAGUAUGCAUGACUUGACAGCUAUCCAGGGUGAUGAGCCUGUGGGACAAAGACCAUAUCAGCCUUUACCAGAAGCUAAAAAGAAAAGCAAAGCUGCCCCCAGCGAAUCAGCAGCUUAUGGAAUUCCACUGAAAGAUCGAGGUGAGAAAACGGAUGAAGAAGCCGAAGGUCCAUAUUCAGAUGAUGAGAUGUUGACACACAAAGGGCUGCGAAGAUCCCAAAGCAUGAAAUCAGUGAAAACGGUCAAAGGCCGCAAGGAGGUGCGGUAUGGUUCCCUAAAAUACAAAGUGAAGAAGAGACCACAAGUGUAUUUUUAGUCAUCUACACUUCAUAUGUCCUAAGAUAAAUAAUGCUAAUAAGUCACUUUGGGCUGGGAGGUGGAGCUCAUUUUCUAUCAUGAUAUAUUUAGGAUUUACACGUUAAUUCUUUGGCUUGUAGCAGUGAUAGUAUUUACUAUGGUGGAUUUAAAUAGUUUUUGCUUAACGAUUUCUGAUACUGCCUACUCAAGGUAGUUAUCCAAGGUUUAUUAAUGUAAAGAUCAGAUCAUGGAAAAUCAUGUUAGCUGUUUUCAAAGGCAGCAUUAAGUGCCUGGGACUCAAGAUUACACAAAAAUCCAGAGUAUACUUGAAGAGUCUCUUUAUGGUGCAAGAUAACCAUUGUUGUGUUUCAUUGUGUUUACCUCCAUCUGUGUUAUCUCUAUCACAUGCGGAUUGUAAUGAAAUAGGCUUGUGACUGGGCUGUGAUAGACAAAGGACAUAAUGUAAGAUCAUAAAGUACUUUUUAUAUAUUCUUUAAAUUUUUACCUUUCUAAUACUUAACAUUAACUGAAAACUCUUAAAUAUUUGAAAACCAGGUAUCUAUCUAGCACUUUCCUGACUAGUUUUGCACAUUUGAGAACUGUUUACUUAUCUGACAACUGUACAUUGAGUUUAAAUUUUAUUGUCACUGUUUUAUCAUUGUCAUACUCUGACAUGUCGAAUUUAUGCCUUAAAAUGCAUCAUCUCCUUUUUUCUAUGGGUUUUAUUUUUUAAAUUUGUGGGAGUUAUAAUAUAAAAUUUUGCCUAAUUGUUCAGUUUUUAAUUAUCUCUGUACAAGUAAAAAAGUUAUUUUAAACACUAGCCAGUUUUUCAUAUUUAGAUACAAAAUGCAGUUGAAGUAAGCCUGUCAGCACCAAUUACAUUUUUCAGUCCUAAAAAUGGUCGCUUUUAUGAAAUAAAGAGACCAGUGCGGCACAUAGAUACCUCCUAUUCCGUAAAAUUACCCAGUAGUCAGUUUGGCAUCACCUAUAACCCUAGCUACUCAAGAGGCUGACGUCUGUGGACUUUUCUGGCUGGACGGAAAAGUCCUCAAGACUGAAUUUCUAAACAACCAGCAAAAAGUCAGAACUGAAGCAAGUAAAGGUAUGGCUGAGGUGGUAUGGUGCUAUUUGUGAAUGGAAAAA